ACACCUCAAAAUGGUGUGUUCGAAUUUUCUGCUGGCGUAAAUUGUUGUGGUAAAUGCUUUAUUUGCAGAUGUCGGGUAGAUUAAGUGGCGUUAGUGAAAGCUCUCUCGAUGCUGACGAGUUAUUGGAGAUCAGGGAAAGAUUUAAUGAGCUGACAAAGGAAAAGGAGAUGCUGAGAGAUUCAAAGUCCCAGAGCUUUGAUCUAAUCAGAAAGUUGGAAUUCCAUGUUAAGACAUUAUCGAAAUCCCGUGAAGAAGACAAGAAACACAUUGCGGAUUUGGAAAGAGAACUCAGUAAUUGCAGCCAAGAAAUAGAUUACCUGCAGGAUCAACUGAACAUGAGGAACUUGGACCUAAACUGUCUUGGUGAGCAAGUAUGCAGCCUUCAGCUGAAACUUUCAGACAUGGAAGAUUUAGCAGAGGAGGUUGGGAGGUUAAGGGCACAGAUGAAAAUAUCUGAACCUGAAAAGUUGUUUUUAGUGCAAGAUAUAGAGGAUAAAGGAGUCUUAAUUAGAUAUUCAGCAUCACGCAUUGAGACGCUGGAGGAAUCAAUUUCAUCUAUGGCAUUAGAAUAUCAAUGUGAAAUAGAGAGCACAAAGCUGGAGUCAAUUGCCUUGGAGCAUACUCUUUUUGAAACUAAGAAAUUGCUGGAAGAAAGAACUCAAGAAAAUUCCAGGAUGAAUGAGUUGAUUCAGGAUCUGGAGCUCCAACUUCAGGAAGCAAAUAAGGUGAUCCAGGGCUUAGACAAGGAAAAUAAAGAUUUGAACGGAAAGUUACAGAAGUCUGAUAUGAAUACCAAAGCAUUUGUCAGGAAGGUGGAAGAGCAAUUUCAUGAGUGGUAUGGAGAAAAUAAUGACCAGUCCUCAAGUGAACUAGAGAAAGAUCUGAGCCACACUUGCAGCACAUAUGGCAAUCUUUUAGGCCCAUUGUUAUUUAAACUUGCCAUUCCGCGACCCUCAGAGGCAGAUUUGAGGAACAAGGUGGCUGAAAUGUCACGCCAGAUAGAUGACUAUGAGUGUCUUAUAAGGCAGCUUAAGGAAGAAGUAAGAGAGGAAAGGUUGAAAGCAAAGGAAGAGGUAGAGGAUUUAGCUCAGGAAAUGGCAGAGUUAAGGUAUCAAUUGACUAGCUUGCUUGAUGAAGAGUACAAACGUCGUGCAAGCAUUGAACAAAUCUCUUUACAAAGAAUAGCUGAAUUGGAGGCCCAGAUUGCUAAAGAACGGCAGAAAUCCAUCAGUUCUCAAGAUCUUAUUGUCAGGAAAUCGUGAAACGUAGUCUAAGGUUUCAAAGUUGAAAGAGCCCUUCUUCAUGUGAAAUCAAUUGUCAAGAGAUCUGCAGCAUUGCACCAAUCUCGUUCCAUAGGUUAACAUUCGCAAUCAAAGUUUAUUGCAGGUGCCAUAAUCUCAGUUGAAAUCCCAAUUCAUUCAGAAUAUCUGAGCCCAGGUGCUGAUUCUCCUUUCCACUGAAUUUAUCUUAUCUAUGAUUCUGCAGUGAAUAUUUGGCGGAGAGUCUGAAUUGCCACAAGGUGAACUUCUCAAGAAUCGUGAGUAUUAAAUCGUUCACAAUCUCCAUGAAUAUAAAAAAUCCUGGUGUUAGUGGUUUUAUUGAAGGAAUGCUUCUGGUUGUUUCCGUCCUCCUCUUUUACCAGGGUGUUAAUGUGAUUUUUUGUAGCAUUUUUACUUGGAUAUGAGUAUAUUUCUUUCUAAACCCUGUAAAUGUAUAGGAAAAACAAAAGGGUUCUAUUUAUGGUUGAGGCAUUACUCCUCCAUGCCAUGGAUUUUUGCUUCUGUAAUUCAAAGCAUAAACCAGCUGAUUUGUUGCGUAUCCAAUAUUUAAUGCAACAAUGGAUAACUCAGUUUGAUCCAA